CUUUACCAACGAGCCUUACUUAUCACCACUACUACUCCAGACUACUUGCUUUCAAUAGGAACUUAGUAUUUUAGCGUUAGCCGCCACGGAAACACGGGGGAACCAGCAGCCUGCCGCUGGCGAAACAACGCAGGGCGACGCUGCCCGCCCGGAUGGGCCCGCCAAAAGCCUUGGUACGCCCCUGCACGGUGCGAAACACAAUGGCGCCAUCCUUCUCAACCACCUGGGGCGCUCAGGCCGCAUUGACCAGCCCGCAGCCAUCCACACCGCCGGCGUGGUCGGCGAGCUCCACGAGGCGCAGGGGGCCGGACUCCUGCAGCACCCCCGCAAAGGCCGUGUGCUGCAGCUGGCGGCUGGGCCACUGGGCGCCCAUGCCGCCGUCCUCCGCGACUGCCACCGCCACUCCGCCAGGCGCCGGUGCAUGGCUGCCAGCUGGCGGUGGCGGGGCAGCGCGCACACUGCCUGCGGGGCGAGGCGGGGCGUAGUGCGGUAUGUCGGGGGCCAAGGGGCGGCAUGAGGAGGUGUGUUGAUGGUGUAUGGGCUGUGAGGCCGGGGCCUAGCGAACGCGAGCAAAUAUCAAGGAAGAGUUCAGUGAAGGUGAUACGAUUGAGGUGGCUGCCUUGCGGCUUACAGAGUUCAAGUCUUGAUAUGCGGGUGGAGACCGUGACUGCCUUGCGGCAAUCAAGCCAUGGCGGUUGGCCGGAGGAGGGGCGGGGGUGGCGGAGGAGGAGGGGGGAGGAGCAUUUGCUGAGGAUUGGGGCGGUCUGCGCCGGAAUGGCGGCGGGGGCCUCGGGGGCGGCCGCCUUGGAGGAGGCUGGAGUGAGGAAGGAGGAGGUGCGGAAGGCGGGGGUGAGGGAGGCGAGGGCGGAGGAGGCGGGGGAGGGAAGACGGGGGUGACGGAGGCGGAGGUGCAGGAGGCGGGGGUGAAGGAGCCGGAGGUGUGGGGGACGGAGAUGUGGGAGGCGGGGGUGGAGGAGGUGUGGGAGGCGGGGGCUGGACACUACGGUAUCCAGACGCAGGUCGGCUUGCACACCCUCGAACACCUGAACUCGGUGGCUAGUCGGUGCUGAUGGUACCCGUACUGGAAUAGCCGCUAUUAGUGACGGGCCUGUAUGUCUUCACCACUGAGCCACAGCGCACGCUGGCGUUGCCCACCAACAUGUCUAUGACUGCGGACAUGUAGAUUGACAGGAGGUCGGCCACACUUGCGGCCACACGCCUUCGGAGUCACCGGAGCCCGCAGGCCGCCGGGCGCAGUAGGCCACGGUGGGGUUGUUGCGUUGAAACCUGCUGCUGUCACAGGCAGCAUUCUCCAGAUAGGACACGGCGACACUGAGCCUGGCUGUGUAGUGUGUAGCGGAGGCCACGUUGAUGAUUGGCAGUAAGAACGGAAAGGGGG